UGGAUUUGUGUCUUUGCUGCUGGAGCUUUCGAAGCGUGAGAAAAAGACAUUGGCGAACUCGCCCUGAAAUAUCCUCAAAUACCACAAAACCUCAACUCCAGUCAGCAGGGAAACGGUUCAAAACACAGAAAAGGUUUGAUCUGAACACUGACUGGACAUACAUACACAUAUAUACACGUAGAGACACACCCACUCAAACACACUGUGGUGAUGUCUGAGGCGGACGGGUGUGUGUCGGUGUGGGAGUGGCUGUGUGUGCUGCAUCUGGACCAGUAUUUCCCAGUGUUCCAGGACGCGGGGUUUGGAACGCUGUUGGAAUGCCAAGGGCUGACCCAGGAUCAGCUAGAGACGAUUGGAAUCACAUUGCCUGGACACCGCAAACGCAUCCUAGCCAGCCUGCAAAAAACACUCCACACAAACACUCUCACACACCCACAGAGUGAGCCUGACGCUCUACACACACACCUGGCUGCAGAGGGAGACCAGAGAGAGGAAGAGAGAGCAGUGUUCACAGACAGACCCAGGCCUGUGGGGAGUGAGAGACCAGUCCCUGCACAGAGACCAGUGUCCAGAGGAGAGAGACUAGUCCUUGCACAGAGACCAGUCCCUAGAGGACAGAGACCAGUCCCUGCACAGAGACCAGUCCCUAAGGAGAGAUCAGUGUCCAGGGAAGGAGAGAGGGAUGGAGAGAGACCAGUCCCUGCACAGAGACCAGUCCCUAAGGAGAGAACGAAGUACCGCUCUGUCCCUGUGGAGACAUUGGACUGUGUCCAGACUUACCCUCGUCCCAACACUACUCCCUGCCCUACCACCCCCCAUUCUAGUGCCCAGGACUCCCCUUUACCCCCCAUCCCACCUCGCAGCACUCCAAACUGCCCCCCACUACGCUUCAUCCCCACCUCCCCUAAAAACUCCCCCACGGCACCCAGAUCUGAACAUAACAACUUAAACACCCCAAUCACUGUACCUCCUCCUCGCCUUACCACCAAUCCCCUCACCUUACCCUCCCCCAGGCCCUGUCCUGCACCUCUGGCUAUCUACCCACCAGCCAGACACUCCCAGCAGGUGUUGGAGGGAGGAAGAAAGCCCUCCCCUGGUUCCCCCUCAUCCUCAUCCUCCUCUUCCUCCUCAUUUGAACGAUAUGACCAGUCAUCAUCUGAUCAAGGCGUGCCUCCCCUCCCCCCUAAAGUCUAUGUGGUGGGGGCGGGCCCUAAAGAGCCUCAUAGUCCUGCUCCAAUCCCACAUCAACCUCCUGUCUUGCCCUCCAGAACCACACGCACACAGAGUGAUGCUCCCGUCGAUGAGCCGCACACGGACCGAACUCAACCACCCCCGUCUCGGACCAAGGAACCCAAUACACCAGUCGGCACGCAGCCUCCUCUGCCCAUGAGAAGGAUCCACCAGCCACGGCCUGAAAUCAGGUCAGGUGACUGUUCAGAUGACUAUGAAGAUCCAGACCAAGUCUUCCCCAAGCCCCAGGCUGUGAACCUGGCAGAAGAUCCAGACCAAAUCUACUCCAAGCUCCAGUCUGUGAACAUGGCAGACAGAGAUGUGUUCCUGCCAGUGCCGGGGUGGGGGAAGGGACGGUACAACUCUCUCUGCAGCGACGAUGAACUAUUGGAUGAUGACAAUGAGCCAAUCAGCAGCCAUCGGAGCUCAUGGCAGGACUAUGGUCUGAGUACGCUCCAGGGUAGUGUCUACCUGCCGGUCAGAGGCAGGGUCCUUGCCCCGCCCCCUAGAGAUGGCACCUCCCCUGAACCCUGCCCUGUUCUAAAGAGUGGCUGGCUGGAUAAGAACCCAACCCAGGGGUCUCUGUACUACCAGAGGAGAUGGGUGAAGCUGGAUGUUGACUACCUGAGAUACUUUGACAACGAAAAGGAGGUAUACUCUAAGAGGAUCAUACCAACAGCUGCCAUUACGGGGGUGACCAACGUGGGGGAGCAGAAGUUUGAGGUGGUCACAGCCAACCGAACCUUUCUCUUCAAAGCCGAGAGCGACUCUGAGAGGAAUGAGUGGGUGGCAGUGCUGCAGAACUUCACUAGGGGGUGCCAGGAAGGCAGCAGGGAGAUGACCUCAUUGGUCCCGCCCUCCUUUCUGACCCCUGAACAGGAGGGCUACCUGGAGCUGAGGGGCCUGCGCUCCAAACUCUACACAGUCGUCUCCGGAGACAAGGUCUUCCUCUACAAGAACAUGGAGGACUACCGCCUUGGCAUCGGUAUCACGUCUAUCGACAUGAAUGUAGGAAACGUGAAAGUCACUGACCGCCGCAGUUUUGAUUUGACCACACCCUACCGCAUCUUCAGUUUUCUAGCGGAUUCGGAACAACAUAAGGAGCAGUGGGUAGAAGCAAUGCGUGACGCAAUUGGAGAAGCUCUGUCCAAUAGCGAGGUGGCUAAGCAAAUCUGGGCGGAGCCUAGCAACUGUUGCUGUGCCGACUGUGGCGCCGCCAAACCUGAGUGGGCUGCCAUCAACCUGUGUGUGGUGGUCUGCAAAUGCUGUGCAGGAGAGCAUCGGGGUUUGGGCCCCAGCAUCUCUAAGGUGCGCAGUCUGAAGAUGGACAGGAAGGUGUGGACAGAGGAGCUUAUACAGGUGUUCCUGUUGCUAGGAAACGAGCGUCUGAACAGGUUCUGGGCGGCGAACAUCCCUCCCAGCGAGGCGCUGAGUCCUACCAGCUGCAGCAAAGCCCGCCGAGAAUUCAUCAGAUCCAAAUACAGACAGGGCAAAUACCGCAAAUAUCACCCCCUCUACGGCAACCAGAGAGAGCUCAACAAUGCCCUGUGUAUAAACGUGCAGUGCAGUGAUGUGCUGGAAACGUUGUGUCUGGUGUUCUGUGGAGCUGAUGUGAACUGUUCUACUGGCCAGACUGCCUGUCCCUCCCCCCUCUCCCUGGCACUCGCACACAACCAGAAACUACAGGCCCAGUUCCUCUCUCACAACCUCAACACAGAGCUGCCUCGUUCGGAGGUGACUGGGGACAUGGAGCCUCAACACUAUUCACCACAGCACCCUGUCACUCACAAUGGCUUCCUUUUCAAGACCGCCUCCAUGGUCCGGCCUAUUACGGAGCGCAAGGCCAAGGAGGAGUUCAGUCGUCGCUGGUGUAUGUUAAAUGAUGGGAACUUUAGUUACUAUGAGAGUGACAAGACCUCCACGCCCAACGGUGCCCUGAAGUCUACAGAGAUAGUCUGUCUGUCUGUCAACACAUCAGAGAGACAUGGCUAUGACCAUACGUUUGAGCUGUACUCUGACUCAGAGCGUCUCUAUCUGUUUGGAACUGACGACCAAGACAGCCACAAGGAGUGGGUCAAAUCCAUCACCAAGAUGUUUAUUCCGUCCAAUGCAGAGGCUCUGUUGAGACUGAGCUUUGAGCGGAUUGGCCGGCUGAAGUACAAGGACGGGUUGAACCUACAGAGCCCUCGGGUUGGCUGGUUCGCGCUGGUUGGCUCCUCCCUCCAUGCCUACCUGGAGGACAGUGAGGAAGAGGAGGAGAUACACCUACGCAAACUACAGGAGCUCUCGAUCCAGCAGGAGAAUGAGGUGCUGGUUCUGGUGGAGAGAGGCAGGACACUGUACAUCGAGGGGGAGAGGAAGCUUGACUUCCAGGGUUGGUGUGUGGGCAUCCAGAAAGCAGCAGGCAGUGCAGGAGACUCUCUUAGUCAGCAGCAACUAACUGAGGCCGACAUCCCUGUUAUAGUGGACCGCUGCAUUGACUAUAUCACACAGUGCGGUCUGACGUCUGAGGGUAUCUACCGAAAGAGCGGUGUGAACAGUCGCGUGGCGGCGCUGUGUGAGGCGUUUCGGCGUGAUGCCCGUAAUGUGCGCCUGAAGGAGGAGGAGCACCAGGUGGACGACGUGUCUAACACACUGAAACGCUUCUUCAGAGAGUCUGGAGAGGGCCUGUUCACCAUACAGGCUGCUAGCGCAUGGCUCAGCACACCUGUGAUCCCAGAGGAGAGCAAGAAGAUCUCUCAGUACCAGCUGCUGCUGAGCCGCCUGCCCAGAGUCAACAAGGCCACGCUACGAGCCCUGGUCAACCACCUCUACUGUGUGCAGCGGUUUGCAGAGCUGAACCAGAUGAAUCUCCAUAACCUGGCUAUAGUAUUUGGCCCAACACUGUUCCAGACCGACGGGAAGGACUACACAGCUGGCCGCGUCGUAGAGGAACUCAUAGAGCACUACACUGACGUCUUUGAGGUGGAUGAGCAGCAGCUGAAAAGGCAGCUGGAUGAGAUCACGGUCAUCAUUAAAGUUCGAGAGAAGUUGAACCUCAACUCCAGCGUUCCUGCGUCGGGGUCAGCAGGUGACUUCAUCUGUACAGUGUACCUGGAGGAGAAGAAGGAGACGGCAGAGCAGCAUGUCAAGAUCCCUGGUUCUAUGACGGCAGCAGAGCUGACCUGUGAGAUUCUGGACCGCCGGAAGAUCCAGGUCAGAGAGAAAGACUACUGGAGCUGCUGGGAGGUCAGCCAGAAGGAGGAGACCGAGCGUCCGUUGCAUCACCUGGAGCGUGUGUUACCCAUCCUACACUCUCUGGGUACCGACUCCCACCUGCUGGUCAAAAAGAACCUGGCCAUGGAGGCCAUACUGGUCUACCUGGCCAGUAAAGUGGAUGUGUCCAAGCACGGGAUGGUGAAGUUCCGGGAGGAGAGGAGCAUUCUGGGAUUGGGACUGAACACCGGCAGCUUCCACGACCGCUACUUCAUCCUAAACACUGUCUCCCUCAGGAUGUACAAGGAAGUGCGGAGUAAUCGUCCAGAGAGGGAAUGGCAGGUGAAGAAUCUGAGGGUCUAUCUAGGCAUCAAGAAGAAACUACGACCACCCACCUGUUGGGGUCUGACCGUGAUCUAUAAAAGUGAAAAACAGGAGAAACCAGAGAAGCAGCAAUGGUAUCUGUGUUGUGACACUCAGACAGAGAUGAGGGAGUGGUUCUCCACCUUCCUCAAUGUCCAGUAUGAUGGUAACGUGUGGCCAGUGGAUGCAGCACAAACACGUGUGACCCGUGCGUUGCCGGUGGAUACGCGUCAUGGUAACGUGGCAUUGAUUCCGUUGCGCGGCAGCGAGAAUGAGAUGAGGAACAGCGUUGCAGCUUUCACCGCCGACCCGCUUGGCCUCUUUAGAGAUGUCUGAUAAUGGGGCCAGACAAGGGGAGAGACCACUAGCUAUAGAACCCACAAACUCUUCAGAACAUUCCAGUAAUGCCCCUCCCCCCCCACACACACACACACCUGUGCCUAUAAACUGGACCUCUAAGCAGGGGAAGCAGGUGUGUCAUGAGGAGAGAGAGACUGUUACCAGAGUGCCUUUUACAACUGCAGUGCACCCUGGGAUACAUGGAGGGCCUGGAAGACGUUCCUGGUAUAGACUGAGGGAGGGACAGACCUACAGACGGUUACUGGAGCAGCCUGACAGUACAGACUUUGUCUCUCUGAGAGGCCUGGAGAACCUGUGACAGGUGGGAGAUAAUGGAAUGAUCUUCACUGGCAAUCCAGCCUUCAGUGUCCCCAUAUAUCCCAUAAUAACUCUAUCCCUUCCUCUAAACAUGUCGAUCUCCCUGUUUUUAACUCUCCCCCUCAUCUACACCUCUCUGAGACUCCCCCAUCUAUAAAGUGUUCACCCCACUCCCCAGUGUUCUCCUUCCCUGUUUUCUAGACUUGUGUAAUUAUUUAUUUCUCCAGCAGAGGGAGCAGCAUAUGAACAUAAGGGGGACAACCAUGACCAUUAUUCAACAUUUAAGUUGGUUCCACUAGUCAAGAGGGAGCCAUAGAGACGUGUCCAAGUUGAUUUAUGUAGUGACGUCAUUACUCCCAACUCUAGGCCAAACCUGUAUAUACACACACACACACACACACACACACACACACACACACACACACACACACAGACCCUCAUAACUGUUUUUGGACAAGAAAAGAAGUGCUCACUAUGUUUACCAUUUGUCUAAGACUGUGGUGUCCUUCCUGUCUGCUACUCUGUACACUUUAAUAAAUGUUUCAGUCAGAACUACAUUCCUAACUCAGUGAUGACAUGUGGAGGGGUCCGUAAGGAGAGCAUUAUUAAACACCUGACCGUGUGGUUAACCAACCUGUUCUCCUGAGCUCACAUUCUGUUUCAAUGAGCACAGUGAUGAGUCUGGUUUCACAACUGACUGACUGGUCAGAAAAUGGUCUACUUUUCUGGGGACGCAACAACACGCACAAGUGGUGUAUUCUCAUGAAUGUGAACCUAACACUCUCAAUCAUCAUAUUAAAUGUAACAUGACAGCUUUAACCUGCCUCUGUCUUAUAACUGUAUCUAAGUGAAAGUAACUUUUGUAAAUUCUGCAGUUGUUCAGAUGGUAACUGUAGGUAUGAAUUUCAAUAAAUAAAGUCAAUGUUAUUUGGA